UGCCAGUCCCCUUCUCCCACGUUCCGAUCUUAAGUCCUGACCUCCGGCGAAACAUCCAUGGAUGCCGACUCUCCCGAUCCCCAAACCCUAACCGUCUCCGACGACCCCCUCACCGGCCAUUUCGCAUCCUUCAACGACCUCUCUCACGAGCUCUCCUCCCUCCACGAGCUCGCCGUCCGUGGCUCCUGGCGCUCCGUCCUUGACAAGGUCGCCCGCGCCCGCUCACUCUCUCUCCUCCAGAAGCCCCACGACCACCUCACCUACCUCUCCUUCAACGUUGUCGCCCUCAUCAAGCUCCGCCGUUUCGCCGAUGCCUCGGCCGAGCUCGAUUCCCUCGACGACCUCGACGGAUCUCACUACAGGUACGAAUCUUACCCUAAUGACUACCCUAACCGGACCGGAUCCAUGGUCCCCUUCUCCCUCCGGUGGUGCUGCGCCGUUAUCCCGAUCAAAUUGGGCCGCCGACAGGACGGCCUCGACCGCCUUUACGCCCUCCUCGAUUUCGUACGGAACAAGGUGAUUGAGAAGAAGGACCGCAAGGAUUUGAGCGUCUCCGCUAGGGUUUGGAAGAAUCGAGAGCUUUUGAUGACGAAUUCGAUAAUCGGAGUCCAUUUGAGCGCCAAGGAGUUCUCAGUUUGUUUGAAUUUGAUCAAGGAAUUGCUCGAUCGCGGAUUUCUCGAUCCGAUCCUGUUGUCGAAGCUCGGGUACAUUCAGAUGCAAAUUGGCGAUCUUGAAGGCGCGAAAAGCUCGUUCAAUCGAGUCGAGGGUUUGAUGAAGAAGAAUGAUUGGGAAUUGAGCGAGAUUCAGUUGGAGAACCUGGUGAAUCGGAACAAGGCGUUGGUUUAUUUGGUCGGAAAAGACUACGUCUCGGCGGUGAGAGAGUACGAGGAGUGCAUCGAGAGGGACGGGGCCGACGUGGUGGCGAUCAACAACAAAGCCAUUUGCUUGAUGUACUUGCGGGAUUUGUCGGAUUCGAUCAAGGUUCUGGAGAAUGCGCUCGAGCGUGUUCCGACGGUGGCUUUGAACGAGACUCUUGUGGUGAACUUGUGUAGCAUGUAUGAACUGGCUUACGUGAAUCACUCCGAUAUUAAGAGGACUUUGAGUAAUUGGAUUGCCAGAGUUGCUCCUGAUGAUUUUGAUUCUUCCUGUACUCGGAUUUGAGAUAGUUUCUACUUUCUUUGAGCCAAUUCAUACUUUUUUUUUUUUUUUAAAGUUAUACAGUUGAUGCUAAUAGAUUGGUUCUUUGGGCGAGCAAUUCUUGAUGAUUUAGUUUGAGUUCAAAUCUCUGUAUCUGAAACUGUAAUAGUUGAUUGGCUUCGUUAUGAUAUUAG